AUGGGAGGCAAGAAAGCAGCAGGUGAAAACACCAAGAAGGCUGCCGGACAGGCUCGUAAAGCCGAGGCAGCGAAUUCCAAGAAGGCAGCCGAGGAACAGAAAAAAUCCGCAGAGGAGGAUAAGCAAUGGUCUAAGGGAUCCAAGAGCAACGCUAAGAAGGAUGAUGCGGAGUCAAAGAAGGCUGAAGCAGCACGCAAGAAGGCCGAGCGUGACGCCCUUUUAGCUGAGGAGGAAGCAUCUCAACCAGCUAAGGCUAAAGGUGCCAACGCGAAGACUGCGCAGAAGAAGACCCGCGGUCUCGAUCUUUCACAGCUGGACGACACCCCAGCCAGCAAGAAGGGAUCAUCUCUCAGUGCCACCGGUAUCGACAAUGCGCUGGACGCCCUAUCUUUGGCCGAAAAGGACACCACAAAGAUUGACCGACACCCCGAGCGACGAUUCAAGGCCGCCUAUGCCGCAUUUGAGGCGAGACGCUUGCCCGAGAUUGAAGAAGAGAAUCCCGGACUUCGCCGCAACCAGCGUAUGGACCUUUGCAGAAAGGAGUUCGAGAAGAGCGAAGAGAACCCCUUCAAUCAGGUGCAUGCUGCCGUCAAUGCCUCCAAGGAGGAGGUUGCCCUGCUGCGCGACAACGAGCGCAAAAAGCUCGAGGGCCGUCUCGGCAACAAAUAG